GCUUCGCGCCCAGAUCGCCGCCUAGCCUGCUCGCGCAGCCGCCGUCUCGUCUGCCCACCGACGAAGCAUGGGCGUCCAGGGCUUCCAAGAGUUCCUGGAGAAGCGCUGUCCCGGGGCUGUUGUGCCCGUGGACCUCCUCAAACUCGCGCGUACGGUCUCGCGCCAGCAGCAGCAGCAGCAGCAGCAGCAGCAUCGCCCGCUGCCGCCUACGGCAGCCCUAGCGCCUGGGGCUCCACGCGCCGCCAGGGGCUCCGUGCCUCUGCAACCGCCGCUCGCGCCCGCUGCCUUGGGUGCCUACUCCGGGGGCGCGGGGCCGACUCGGCACCAUCACCCCGCUCACCACUUCCACCAUCACGGCCAGGCGCACCCCGGGCUGCACCCGCCGCCGCCGCCGCCGCCCCCUCCGCUGCCCGGGGCCCGGGUGCUGGUGGACGCGGGCUCAGCGCUGCCUCGGCUUUAUGGCGGCUACCAGACGGAUUGGGUGUGUGGCGGCCAAUGGAACGCCAUGCUGGGCUACUUGUCAGCGCUAUGUCAGGCUUGUGCCUAUCCCGGCGGCGACGGCUUGGAGCUGGUGGUCAUGUUCCCCGGGGGCCUGGGCAAGGACCGGCUGGCCGAGUGGGGCCGUCGGUGCCAGGCCGAGCGGCAGACAGCGCAACUGAUCGUGGGACACGUGGGCAACAAGGGCACCCCUCCUCCACGGGCCUGGUUCCUGCCACCGGCCUGCCUGAGCCACUGCGUGAGGCUAGCGCUCAUCCGCUUCCGGGUCAAGGUCUUUCAGAGCCUUGAAGACCACCAUUUGGAAGUGGUGGCUUUUUUCAGGGAAAAUGGCUUCCAUGGCCUUCUUGCCCAUGACUCCGAGUAUGCUCUCUACAAUAUUCCCUCUUACUAUAGUUCCCAUGCUCUCAAGCUGAGCUGGAAUGGGAAGAACCUUACUACCAACCAGUUCCUGAUGCAGGAGGUGGCCAAGCAGCUGGGUUUGAAGCGGAUGAAUUUUCCCAUAUUUGCUGCAUUGCUAGGUAACCACAUUCUCCCAGAUGAGGACCUGGCCGCUUUUCACUGGAGCCUCUUGGGACCAGAACAUCCCCUUGCAUCACUUAAGGUCAGAGCUCAUCAGCUGGUUCUUCCUCCCUGUGAUGUGGUAAUCAAGGCUGUUUCUGAGUAUGUUAGUUCCAUCAAAGACCCCUCAAACCUGGAUGUGGUUGGGAAGGAUGUUUUCAAACAAUCUCAGUCCAGGACAGAAGAUAAAAUAGAACGAUUCAAGAAAGCAGUUGAGUACUAUUCAGUCACAACCAAACUCUCUUCGCUGCCAGUGGGUCCCUCCUCCUUUCUAGGUUUUCGGAAUAAUCGACUUGGAAAUCCUCCCAUUCCACGAAAUCAAAUGGGCACUAUCUCUGCUGGAAAGCCAAUGUUUUCUCACCACGUGCCCCAGAAAAUGAAAUAUCCACCACCAUUCCCAGUGGGACCCAACUCCUCUCUUCUCUUCUCCCCCCAUGCUUUGGGGGAAUCCCAUGCUUUUUCUGAGGAUUCCAUGCUGCAGGACAGCCCCUUUGCCAGUUGGGCUGUCUCUUAUGAUUCCUCUGCAUCCCAGUUUCCCAAUUACCUGACUUCCAAAGCCUCACCUCCUUUGGGACCAGACUCUUCCCACUCCUCUUCCUCUGAUGCUGAUGAGCCAAAUGGAGCCAGCUCUGAUCACAUCACAGAAACACUUCAGCAGCAGCCUGGAUGGGAGGAUCCAAAUGGUGACAGAGGGUCUUGGGUACAGCCCAUCGAUGCUGGAGUUUCAGAUGCCAGCCUGGGUGAUGGUGAGCCCCACAUCCCAUCUCUGCUGUCUAUGUCUACGAGGAACCAUAUGGACAUCACCAUUCCGCCCUUACCUCCAGUAGCUCCAGAAGUCUUGCGGGUUGCUGAACACAGACAUCGAAGGGGUCUUAUGUACCCAUAUAUCUACCAUGUCCUCACUAAGGGUGAGAUUAAGAUCCCUGUAUGUAUUGAGGAUGAGUGUAACAUGGAGCUGCCUCCAGCUGCUCUCCUGUUCCGGUCAGCUCGUCAAUAUGUAUAUGGGGUCCUUUUCAGUCUGGCAGAGACACAGAGGAAAAUGGAACGCCUGGCCAUACGGCGGCGGUUGCCUGUAGAAGUUCCUUCAGUGAUCCUUAAAGAGUGGUCUGCCUAUAAAGGGAAGUCACCUCAAACCCCUGAGCUGGUGUCUGCACUGACAUUUCGGGAAUGGACUUGCCCAAACCUCAAGAAGCUCUGGCUAGGCAAAGCAGUUGAGGACAAGAACAGAAGGAUGCGUGCCUUCCUGGCCUGUAUGAAGUCAGACACACCCAGUAUGCUCAAUCCGGCUAACGUCCCCACCCAUCUGCUGCUCAUGUGCUGUGUACUCCGAUAUAUGGUUCAGUGGCCUGGUGGCCGAAUCCUGCAUCGCCAUGAGCUAGACACCUUCCUUGCACAGGCAGUAUCUACUCAGCUUUAUGAACCAGAUCAACUUCAAGAACUCAAGAUUGAGAAACUGGAUGCUCGAGGGAUCCAGCUUGCUGCCCUCUUCAUGAGUGGGGUCGACACAGCUCUGUUUGCUAAUGAUGCCUGUGGCCAGCCAGUCCCUUGGGAACACUGCUGCCCCUGGAUUUACUUCGAUGGCAAGCUGUUCCAGAGCAAGCUAAUUAAAGCAGGCCGGGAGCGAGUAUCCCUGGUUGAGCUCUGCGAUGGCCAGGCUGACCUGGCAACCAAAGUGGAGAAGAUGAGACAGAGCAUCCUUGAAGGAGUCUACAUGAACCAUCCACCGCCUUCUGCUCUACUUCCAUCACCUACUUUUGUGCCUCCCAUGGUGCCCUCUCUCUACCCUGUUUCACUUUACCCCCGAGCCAUGGGCCCAAUGCCACCUCCCCCUCAAGGAAGGAGCCGGGGGUUUGCAGGUCUCCAUCCAAUCCCACCCCAAGGAGGAAAACUAGAGAUUGCCGGGAUGGUUGUGGGCCAGUGGGCUGGCAGCAGAUCCUCCAGGGGUCAUGGCUCCUUUGGCAUGCAAGUGGUUUCUGUCGGUGGGCCGGGAAAGGGGCAUGGAAAAGAACAGACUGGUAGAGGAUCCAAAGGACAUAAAAAAGGAAAUAAACAAAGCACUUCAGAUGGAGUUUCUAAAUCCCUGGAGCCUCAUCAAGGUCGGUCUCGCUCACAGGGAACAUGAGUCUGCUUUUUGCUGUGAGUACCACUUGAAGAGACUGUCAUCCUUCACUUGAGGUUCAAUUUCUGACUAUGAUGUGGCCUUUCUUGAACAAAGUCAUGCAUCAUAUGGGAACCCCCAGAAAUGACCCCUUUACCUUGUAGGGCCACAAGCAAAAGCACCCUGGAUGUAUAUAGCCACUGAUCCCAAGGACUUGCAGUUCUUGAUUUCUGCUGGUGUGUAUUGGGGUCAGCCUAUAACUCCCACCCUUAUUCAGUGGCCAGUCUAGUCUGGACCAGGCCUGAUAAACUUCUGCUCACUUGUAUCAUUUUCAUUCUGAGCCAGUAGGACUUUGGGUAGACUUUAUAGCCCAAGAAAUGGCACUUGCUUUGGCUAGUGAUAUUUGAUUUUUGUCUCCAUCUUGAUUUCCUGGCAUCAUUGGCCAAGUCACAUUAACUUGUUUUUAAUCACUGAGAAAAACAGCCAGGUAAGGCAUUAGGGAGGGUGGUUAAGGAGGGGGGUGGGGGGAGGAAUGCUUAUGUAGGGUAGAAAGAAUGUGGAAGUAACUGUUUGGUUAUAGUGAUCCAGUCCCCUGGAACCUUAGAAGGCUCCUGUGGGCCUGUCUGUGCUACCCUUUCAGCCUCUAAGACUCCCCCACCCCACUUUGAAAUGACAGUACAAGUAGACCACAGUUUAAAGUAGUUAGUAUAAUUCUACUAAGGUUUAAUCAUUAUACUUGUUUACUUCCUGAUGCAUAUUUCCUAAAUAUGCUUGGGGUUUGGGGGGGUAAGUUUUCACUGUUCCAUUGUGUGUCACCCUAUAUUUUUCUCCCUCUUGUGACUUUGGCAUCUUCUUUUAUUUGACUUUCCAUUUUCUUUUCCCUUGGCUUAUUGCAGUAGUCUGCUGGUGCAGGUAUUCCCUUAUCCCCCUGUUACUGCUAAUUAUCUUCAGUAUUGUCAGAGGUUAUUUUGAUGUUCUAAGAAAAUAACUUCAUAUAUUUUUUUUUGCAAAAUCAUCUUUUCCAAGGUAAAAGCAAAAUAAAAAAAACCCUAUGCUAGGGUGCCCACUGCAGCUUUUGACAUUGCCCUUGUACUUUUAUAGAUGCUCUUUUUGUCCGUGUUGGUAGUAACUAAUGACUAGUGAAUUUUCAUGUAAAUGAAACAAAUUAAAUAUUUCAGAUUUUAUUAACCUCUCAUAACCCUGCCAAAUCUGAUGACUUCAUUUUAGUUACUUCCCAGAAGACACUUCCCCAUCCACCUUUUAUUUUAUUCUAUUCUAUUCUAUUUUUAGAAUAACAUACUAGGUAAAGAAACUUUAACUCAAGGAGUCAUUGAUUUUUAGUGCUCCCUGAUAAAUGAUGUUAUUGACAAAAGUAAAAUCUUUCAUUGUUUUUUCCUGUGUUAGUAUCUCUUCUCCUGUGCUCUUGACAGUGUGUUUAGUGGAUGGAUAAUAUGUAUUUCUCUUCCAAAUUCCCUGUCUUUUUGGCCCACCUCACCACAAAAGCUCCAUAGUUUAUUAAUGUAAGUUUGAAUGGAUGCUUCUUAGGGGAAACUGCAAACUGCAGGAGUUAAGGAAAGUGUUUCAGAAAGGAAUGAAAAUGUCUCAGGAGUUGUUCUGUGAUGGAAAUUGGUCUGUUGUUCUGUUAAUGCUGAUGGAAAGAAACUUACAGCGCUUAAUAAAAGUCUAUUCUUUUAGUAAAAAAAUGUGAAAUAAUUUUGGGUGUGCGAAGUUUAAUUUCUUCUCCCAUUUCUGGACUCCUUUCGGCAAAUGGGGAAUAUACUUGUCUCAAUUCAGAAGUGUUGCACGGAGAUUUAGGAGCCUAUUUGUAGUUGAAUAUCAGGGCAAGAGAGCCAGUACAAGAAAAGGAAGGGCAUAUUUAGCUUCCUGCUGAACUUCUUUAUUUGGAUGCUCUAAAGGCACCUUUGACUCGACAUUUCCCAAACUGAACCC